AUGGCUGUGGUUCUUCCUUCAGAGGAUAACGACCUCUUUUCCUCGUCCUCCUUGAGGAGAUCUCAUUCUCAAUCUAGAUUCAUGUCGAGCCCAUCGCAGAGCUUUCAUGCCUCGGCUUCGACGUCAAAAAUAAGCGACGCGUUUCACGAAUCCUACCACGAGGUCUACCACCACCAUCCUCACAUAGUACCCAAUUCUAGUCCGUCGUCUGCUCCAUCUUCUCCUCGCACUCUCCAACCCGAAUCUUCCGAACUAUCGUAUACUUCUACGCCAGCCACUAACCUAUCCCUCGACGGACAAUGCGAAGAAGAUAUUCGCAUCCAGUCCGAUGACCACCUCUUUGUGUCCGGGCUUUGCCACAAUCCGUAUUUUGAUCCGCUUGAGGACUUGGAACCGCCUCCGAGUCCUCGGACGGGCGAUUCAUAUACCGUAUCUCCAACUGACCCUGAUACGUCAGCGACCACCUCGCGCCCGGAGUCACCGGAUGCCUUGGAGCGUGCUGAAGAUGAUACAGCUGUUGAGCAUCACCCUACUCAGCAUGUCGAUUAUCUAUCGCACGACUGGAGGGAAGAAGAUAUUUGGUCAUCCUGGAGGUAUAUUGUCGCCAAGAAAUCCGAGUAUAGCAAUGGGCCGCGGCUCGAGAACGCGUCGUGGAGGACAUGGAUGAAAGCUAAAUAUAAGUUAAAAACAGUAACGCCGGAGACACUAAAUUGGCUCAAGGACUGUGACGUGACUUGGCUCUAUGGACCUCUGCAGACUCGCCGUGGGGAAUUAUUUCCCAACGAUGCGGAACAAGAGAAUUCCAGACUAUCGAGAUGUGACUCGUUUGUUAACAAAAAGCCCAUCCUUAAGAAGAGGAGUAUGUCGGAGGUUAUGCUCCAAAGGUCGCUCUCUUCCUCGUCGCUCUUAAAACAAGCUACGGCUGCAGUUCAGGCUCAACAAAAGGAUAGUACCGUUCGUGUUGGUCGGCCCAUACUACUCCGCGCAACCACAGAUUAUGUCACCUUCCCCUUCUCAUCCAGAAGGAGAAGCCGUGAGAAUACGAGUAUGCUACCAUCCACAGCUUCGUCUGGCAUUGUCUCACCUUCCUCGGAACGGAAGCAUAUUCACUUCGACGAGCAGGUCCAGCAAUGCAUCGCAGUUGACGUAAAGGGAGAGGAGGAAGAGGAGGAGGAAGUGAUUCACCGACGUUGGGCAUAUGACGACGACAGCGAUUCCGAUGAUGGCGCAAUCAUGAUGAAGAGAACUAAGACGUCCAAGAAACCCAUCCUUCCACGAAAGAGGUCUCCGGUAAAUACGCCUGCCGAGAGUAAGACCAUCGCGAUGCUACCUUCGACGACUUUGAAGUAUAGGGAAGAUUCUCCCAACCCUGAAACUGCCAUGAAGCACAGCACAGGCAAUUUGAGGAGUCCAAUCAUAUCACCGUCUCCUUCACAAGAGACGUUAAGACCUUCUAAGGCAUCAAGCCCAUUUCUUGUAGGUGACGAUGGCGAAGAAUUAGACGAGGAGACCAGCUCAACCCCAGUAUCUAGCCCAGUGGACGCAACGUCUCCCUUUAAGCAAAGCCCCCUACGUUCCUCCUCCACGAAUAAUCACCUCAAUCAACCAACAGGCAUGCGUCGGACAGAAAGUGGCAUGUUCAUGCCAUUUGAGGAGGGCGAUGUCCAGCCUAACGAUGGAAUAAUUGGUCGGAUGAUAGAUACGGUCAACACUGCUCGGGAUAUCGCACAUGUCAUCUGGAAUGUCGGUUGGAGGAGGUGA